AUGGGGGAGUUCGCGGAGGAAGAGGGCUGCGACUUCGAUCCCCUGCCGGCGCUCUCGGAGGACGAGGAGAAUGUGUCGCUGGCUGAUGUUCUCUCACUGCAAGAUAGCUGUCUUACUGAGCAGGAUAUUUGGGCUAUUUGCCUGGAGUGUAGUCAGUCUUUGAAGAGCGUCGUCCACUCUACAGUCUUCCACACCCUUUGCAUUACUCCCGACACUUUGGCUUUUAACACCAAUGGCAAUGUAUGCUUCAUGGAACAGAUCAGUGAUGAUCCAGAAGGAGCUUUUGUCCCACCAGAGAUCGAUGAAACUGGUAACACAUUUGAGGCCCAUCUGUAUUCCUUAGGAGCUACUUUAACAGCAGCGCUAGAGUAUACAAUGGAAACUGGAACGGAGCCGGAAUUUAGCCAGGAUCUGUAUGAUCUGCUUGGACAAAUGCAGAAGGAAAAUCCUAAAGAAAGGCCAGAUAUUGAGGUUGUUAUAUCAUUAUGCAAAGAGAAACUCAAGGUUUCCUCCCCAAGUGAUAUUUGCCAGGCCCUUUCAGCUACUGGAAGGAAAAUGCUUUCAAUUGAAUCAUAUGGCACCUUUCAAGACAGUUGUGAUGACAUCUGGGAAGGAACCUUCUAUGAGAGCCCUUUGCCGAAUGAAGAGCGCCCGGAUGAUAACGUGGCUAAGACUAGAACAGCGUCAGCAGAGGAGUCGACGUUUGCGAGAAGUGAAAGUUUUCGUGGCCCGUAUGCGCCCAAUGACGUAAACAGUGAUCUAAAGACCAUGAAACUCAACAAGAAGGAGGAGAGAGUUUGCUGUCAAAGUAUUUCAACCUGGGUUACAAAAAGCCAAGAGAGGAACAGUUUUACGAAACGCAACAAGGAGUUAGAUGCUAAGCCACAUGCAACCGGAGCGGAGAGAGAUUCGUUUGAGAGAUACUGUUUAAGGAAAAUUAGAACUUUUCCAAAUGUACCCUUUAACUCCGAGACACACUCAAGAGCAUGUUUAUCUUUUAUAGGGCAUCAGGCUUCACUGACAAGGAAGCCGUGUCAGUUGCAUCCUGGGGAUACUAUCUUAGAAGGACCAUUAAUUCAGUGUGAUCAUCCUGAAUCAAAAUCCGCAUCUCUUCUGCAUAACAAUUUCGGAGAACUUUGCCUGAGCCCAAAUACAUCACCAGGGUAUCCAAACCACAUGACAUCCAGUGAUGACAGAGAAGCAGUGGAUAUUUUUCCAUGUUGUUAUGCCAUUUCUGAAACUUCAGACCAAAAUAAUCCAGCAGAUGAAACAAGUCCUGAAUGCAAUGCGUUAGAAAACUGUCGUGUAAGAGAAUUCCGCAGCGAAGCGCCUCUAAAAUCAGGUCAAAACUGUUUGUUUUAUAUUAACAAAAUGUCUCCCACAUUCAUGGCGUCUAAGGAAGACGGAUGUAAUUCAAGCGUGCUAAGUUCUCCUGAAGAGAAACGCAGUGAGAGAACAGACUGUUGGGCUGAAGACAGAGAAUAUGACGACGGGGAUUCAGAAACGAGAAACAAUGAGGUAUGCGUUUUUCUGAAACAUUUCUUAAUACAGUACGGUAAACCCUUGAAAGAUUAUGAACUCUGGGCUUUGUGCCAUGAAUGUUUGCUCACUUUGGAGACAUAUACAGAUUAUCCAGCGUAUUUAUGUUUGGAUUCUGUAGUAAUCAACCUUGAUGGAAGGAUUUCUUUUGCUUCAUGUGGAAACGAAGAAUCAUUGGAUGGGUUUUACUUGGCACCUGAGGCAGCAGAAGAGGGUUUUGUUACUGAAAAGGCCUGUAUUUACUGUAUGGCUGCAAUUUUGUGGAGAGCAGCAAGAAGCAAUUUCCCACCCGAUCACAAAUUGGUGUUGCCAGGGAAACUGAAACAUUUUCUUCUGAGUAUGGCAAGAAGCAAGGCAGAAGACCGUCCUUCUUUAGCAGAUGCAAUUAAGAUUUGUCGUAGUUAUCUGCUUGAACAAAAUAUCAGCAGCAGGAUGAUUCUAGAGGUUUUAGCAAAAGUGGCGUUCCAGGACUUCAGAGAAGCGGAUUCUCUUACUGAUAGCUGGCCUUUUCAAAAAGAAAGUUGCUCAGGAAAUACUAACUUAGGAUUUUUGCCUAUGAGUAAUGAAAGUAAACUGGUAGCUGUUAAAGGACCGGUUCCAUGCCAGUCACCUUUAAACAGAGAAAGGAUCACGUUACCAAAUGCCUUCACUUCUUCGGCAACUCAUUUUAAGCCUAUUAUUCUGCAUCAGAAUAUAAACCAUAAAAUAGAUGCCAUUGCAACCCCCGUCGUAGACUGUGAAACCAUGACAAGAAUACCAUCUGUGAGUAGCAGAAAUCCAAUACCUUCAAGUAAUGACAAUGAAAACAAGACAGGUGAAAUUUCAAAUUUGUCUACUCCUUGUAUGAUGCCUGGUACUUUGGAGCGGAGUGAAGAAGAGCAGAAAAUGCUACAACAGAAGGAUUCCGAAGAGCAAUCUCCGAGCAGUAGUAGUUCCCCCCACCCUAACUUACCACUUCCCGACUCUUUAGAUGUGUCUCAAGAGAAAUGCAUUUUGGAAGCACCCCCCUCGGAUAACCCCAGCUCUGCCGUCCCAUCGAGUGUGACUUUUGUAAAUAAUUUCCUUUUAAAACAGGACCCAGAGACAAGGGUGUUGACUUUCGUACCCGUGCAGAUAGCAAUAUCGGAACAAAUACCCAAUAAACCCCUCCGUUCAAAAGCAACUUACAGCUGCUGCCCAAAUUUACACCUGCUCCUUUCAGAACCUGCGAUGGCCUAUGAUGCUCACGGAGCCUUGCAAGCAAAUUCAUCCUUAAGUGACGCGAUUAAAGAUCAAUUUGGUGACGUACAAAAUAAAUGUUGGGGCAUCAAAGCCAAGAUGGGUGAUUUAACACCAACAACAAUUAAUAAAGAGACGCAAACCAAGUGCUAUGAAAGUAAUCCAUGUCUUGUAUCCUUUAAGGAACCCAACUCAGAUACAGAGAUCUCAGAUCUCGCACAGGAUCCCUCGCUCGAUCAAAAUCCUGGUUCACUCUUCCCAGGAACUUCUCAGCAGAAUAAAGGAACGCAGAAUGUUGCCUUGGAGAGCAUUGUGCAACUUGUCCAACAAGAGUUUGCAUUUGAUAAAUCUCAAGACAUUACUGAAGCCCUAGCUAUAGGUAAAUAUAUUUUCACUUUAAAGGAUCUCCAAUACAAUACAUUUUGCAAUGCAGUUUCUGAGAAAUUUUGUGAACUUUAUUGGGAAGAAAAAUUGCUAGCAAAUCUUUACGGUGCAGCGAACGGUAGAAUUCCUGUCCCUGAAAGAAUUAAUGAACCACAACAUUUCAGCAAGACUUUCCAAAGCGAACCAAAUACCUUUCUGAGUGGCAGUGAGGAAGCAGAAGAUCAUGUUGCUGGUAUGGAUUCAGAGGAGAAGGAAGUUGAACCACAAACUCUCCUAGUUGACAUACAGACAGAGGGAGAAUGUUUGCAGACCGAGAAAUGUUGCAGUGGCCCAAGUGUUGCAGAAACAGAACAAAAGCAAGAAGAAAUUCAAGAAAGGGUGGAAGAAGAUACGUGCUCCAGCCCUUCCUCUCCUUCUGGAUUUUCUCCUGGUUGGAGAAGUGCCUUCUAUGGUUCAGAAUGGUUCAGUCUAGAUGUACACAAUUAUUUUAGAAAGCUUGGAAAACAAAAAGCUCAUGGAACUCAAAAUAUUGAUGCUAAAAAAACGGAACUUGACCAGCUGAUAAUGAUCGAGGCAAGAAAUUACAGGAAGAGCAUAAGCUUCUACCAGCGGCUGUUGUAUAAAGAGAGAAGCAGGAAAGGUGGAGAAAUAAGAACUUUCCUGCCAAAGCUGGAGAGACAGAUAGAAGAGAUGAAAUCAAAGACACGGUUUCUUGAGCUUGUGAAGAAGUAUAUCCAGAUUAUGUAUGCAGAAAAAUGGGGUGUUGAACCAUGCAACUUUCUUACAGUGGUUAAUAUGGGACAAAAUGAAAUGCUGGACAUCAGGGCCUUAGAUGACGUGCUGAUUUUUUAUCACAUAAACAAAACUCCAAGUGAAGCUCAGUAUAACCACAAUCAAAAUUGCCUAAGAAAUCUUCAAGCUGGAACUCCACUUGGAUUAAUGGCCUGCCUGUAUUCUAGAAACGCAUUUUUAAAAGGCUACGUUCAACAGUUCCUAUUCACUUUUCGCUAUUUCUGCUCACAAGAGGAACUUCUACAAUUUCUUCUAGAUAGAAUCAGAAUUACCUUGCCCAGUUCCAGCCCAGAAUCUUCCUCAUUGUUCAGCAAAAUAUACCACCGUAGUUUCUCCAUUCUUCAAGCUUGGAUCGAAGACUGUUACACCGUAGACUUUAGCAUAAACACUAAUCUCAUGCGAAUACUAAAAGACUUUAUCAUUUCCCAGGUGGUUCCACUCAAUGGUUGCGACAGACAGUUGCUGUCAUUACUUAAUAACAUUUCUAGCGAGAAAGAGAGAAAAGUUUCGCGGUUCUGCAAGAUGGAAGAAUGGGAACAAGGGAUGGAGCUCCAUGAAACACGAUCGUUACGUUUUUCACGUAAGAAGGACUCGGGAAAUGUUUUACAAAAGCAUCUUAGCUGGAGACUUUCAAAAGGCCCUGAACCCCAGGUGUGUCAUCGACCCACAACAGAAGAAUUGCCUGGCUUCUGCAUCAAAAUAGCCGAGGCUCCAUAUUUCUUAAACGAAUACACCGCGCAACAACUUUGUUCUCAGCUGACAUUAUUAGAACAGGAAUUAUUCCAUAAAUGCCACCCAGUGCAUUUUCUAAAUUCAAGAUUGCUCGGAGUCAAAGAUAAGAACGUGCCUCUCCCAAAGGCUUCUUCCUCUGAAUUGCUAUCUACUCCGACGUAUAACCUUUUUGCCAACAACUGUGUACAAGAUGAUUACCUCCUGCAGCUUUUAAAAUAUGCCGAUAAUGUCAGUACCUGGGUUGCAGCCGAGAUAGUCACCAGUUGCAGCUCUAAGGUACAGAUGAAUUGGGUAUCAAAAUUUCUCUUGACUGCCAAGUGUUGCUACAAGCAAAGAAAUUUUGCCACUGCCAUGCAAAUCCUGAGAGGUCUGGAAAAUCUCAUUGUCAGACAAUUGCCUAUUUGGAAAAACAUGCCUUCUAAAGUUUCUGAUAUACUGGAAGAACUGAAGGCUGUAGAGGUAUUUUUAAAAAGUGACAGCUUGUGCUUAAUGGAAGGGGAGAGAUUUAAAACAUCGUCAACAAUUCCAUCAGCUCACAUACUUGCUAUGCACAUACAGCAACUUGAAACUGGAGGAUUUACGAUGCGAAAUGGCACAUACAAGUGGACCAAACUUAGGAAUAUUGCGAAAGUUGUAAGCCAAGUUCAAGCAUUUCAAGAAAACCCCUACGUGUUCCCACCAGAUUGCCAAUUGCAAGAUUUCUUAAGGCAACGAAUAACUUUCCUUAACGACGCAGACAUCUUCACAUUAGCGGCUGAUAAUUAUGCCAACUUCCAUCAGAAACCUGAAAAGCAAUCUCGAAAAAUCCAAGAUGCAUUGCACAGGAUGAAAGCAAUGUUUCAGUGAGGUUUAUAUACAUCCCUCUCCAGCAAUUUUUAUUUCAAAAAACAUCUUCCUGGAUCGCUUACUAAAACAGAAGAAGGGCUUUGUAUGGUUGUAAAUAUUGUGUACACGUAGUCCUCAACUUAUGAACAAAAUUGAGCCCAAAAUUCUU